CCUCGAAACCCUAACGUCUCCCUCCCUCUUUUUCCUCCCUCUCCUCCAUAAAAGACGUUCAAAAAGCCAUUCAAAACUCCUCCCCUGCUUUCAUUUCCGAGUCCCUCUACUGGCUUUCUCAGAACACAGGAGGGGGAGAGAAUCACAGAUUGCAGAAACCCUCGCCUUCGAAAUCUCUCGUCUUUGUUGAUUCAUUUACUAUUUCUAUAAUAAUAACAAUAACAGUUGUUUAUGCUCUAUUUAUAUCUGGCAUAAAUUCAAGGUUAUUGGUUGAGCCAUCCCUCUGGUUCUAGGGUUUAUAAAUUAGGGCGUCUCUGUUGUUUUUUCGCGUUGAAGAAGCUCGGAUCUGAGGUUGAAUUGGUUUUCAAGAUAUGGAGAAAUCGACGACUCCAACAAGAACUGCGUUGUUUGAGCGAUGGGAAGAGGUGUUUGUGUCAAACAAUAAAGGAAAAAGAGAGGUGCAUUAUUAUCUGAAGCGGAAGGAUGGGAAUUCAGAGCUUGCUGUUGUUGGUAAAGAAAGGGGUCUUAGGCACAUGGCUUACUACUAUGCCCUUCGUAAUCGUUCGCUCCUUCUCUCUCUUUUCCCUUCCAAUACUAUCCUCAAGCUUCGUUCUCGAAGGGAUGUAGUUGACUGGCUCUCCUCUAUAGUUUCAGAUCCUAUUUCUGAUGGGUCUUCACAAUCGGAUGAUGGUCCUUUGGAGAGUGAAUAUGGUCAAGAAUCAAAGACACAAUCUUCCAAGGAUUUUCAUUCACAGAGAAAAGAAUUUACAUGGUUGGGUUCUGCAUGGACAUGCCGGAAACGUAGAAGACAUUUCAAGUCUUUCUGCCGGAAUUGUAUUACAAUUUCUGUCCAUGAUUUUGUAUAUAUCAUGGCAGAAGAGAACAAAAGACUAUUAGCAUACAUAGAGGAUCUUUAUGAAGACUCCAGAGGCAACAAAAUGGUUGUGGUACGAUGGUUUCACAAAAUUGAUGAAGUUGGUAUUGUUUUGCCUCCUGAUUUUAAUGACAGAGAGAUUUUCUUUUCUCUUUGUCUUCAAGAUCUCAGAGUUGAAUGCAUAGAUGGAUUAGCUACAGUGCUGAGUCCCCAGCAUUUCAAGAAGUUUCUGAAUGAGGCAAGACACAGAUGGUUUGAACCAUUUGUCUGCCACAGGAUGGUGGACAAUGAUGAUGUCAAGCCCUUCGAUAUCACCCAAAUUCAAGGUUAUUGGAAACAAGAAAUCCUCAGAUUUAUGUACACCACUGCCCCUCCAAGAACUGACUUAGAGCCUCUCCAUGGUGGUGGUGGCCUGGAAGUAGAUGGGGAUGAGGAUGUUGCAAGAACUAGACCCAAAAAAAGGCUUCGUACAUUGAAAUGUGAGGAUGUGGAUCAGCAGGACAACAAAAAAGAUUUCAAAGAUCUUGGCAAGGGUAAUAAUAAGUGCAUUAGCUACUUGGUUUCUGGCAUCAAUGGAUCUGAAAUGCAUAUUCCAAGAGAAAAUGGUUUGAUUGCACCUUUAUCAAGGAAGGAAAUUACCAAGGAGGAGCCUCAUCAGCAUCUAAUUGUGGGUUCUCAUGUUGAGGUGCUCUCUCAGGAUAGUGGCUUGAGAGGAUGUUGGUUCAGGGCCAUUGUUCUCAAGAGGCAUAAAGACAAGGUGAAGGUGCAGUACCAAGACAUCCGAGAUGCAGUGGAUGAAAAUAAUAAUCUGAAGGAGUGGGUUCUAGGAUCAAGGAUUGCUGGCCCUGACCUUUUUGGUCUUAGGCUAUGUGGAAGGACAACCAUUCGCCCAUGCCCUCCUUACAAUAAAGGAAGAGUUUCAUGGGGAUUUGAUGUCGGGGCUUCUGUAGAUGCGUGGUGGUGUGAUGGGUGGUGGGAAGGCAUUGUGGUCAGGAAGGAAUCCGAAGAUAGAGUACAUGUAUAUUUCCAAGGUGAACGGCGGACUUUGAUCUUUGGUUCCGGUGACUUGAGACGAUCUCAAGAUUGGGUGGGCAACAGGUGGAAAUGCAUAAAAGAGAGGCCAGACAUUGUGGCUUCAAUAUUAUCUGGCCUAGAGAGUGAGCAAGAUGUAGGUAGACCCAACAAUGUUCUGGUAUCAGAUAACCGACAACCUGGGAAUAACAAUCAUGUAAAUACCUUGUUACAAGAGGAUGAUAAAGCUACAUGUAAUAAGACUAGCUUAGGAAAGGAGCCGAAAACUUCAAUUCACAAGAGUACAUCCUUCUCAGAACCUCGUGAUAAUAAUCAGAGGAAAGAAGUGGAGUCUGUACCUAACCUUGCCAAUGAUGGUUUACUUGCUCAGUUGAAGUGGAAGUCUUCCAGGAAGAGGAGACGUAGUAGAGAGUCGAAGCGUUAUGUUGAUGGUAGCAGCAGUAGCAGCCAAGAGGAAGGUGGGUCUCCUGCUUCAGAAAGAUUUUUGAUACCGAAGCCAUUGAUGGUUGAUCACGAAAAUUGCAAAUACAGGGGAGAUUCUCUAUUCAACGCAUCCAUACCUCCUUUGUCGAGUUUGGUCAUGUCUAGGUGAUUGCUGAUGCUGUUGUUUUUCCCAUCAAAAUUUUUGAAAAUUUUUUUAGUCUUAACCAAAGAUCUUAGUCCAUCCCCUUUGUUCUUCUCACACACCCUGUGACUGACGACUGUUUUUACUCAAUUUAACCGAGUGUUAUCUCCGGUGUUGACCGGAUGUGUGAGUUGUGUAUCAUGCUGUAUCAAUAUCUAACUGUAUCAAUAUGUAGCCUGAGAUGCCAUGCUCUAUUGGCAUCAUUUUUGAAUGAAUGCAUAUUGAAAAUAUCAAAUUUUUUCCUCUAA